AUGACGAUCUGUAAAUUCUUCCAGCAAGGAAACUGCAAGUUUGGCAAUCGCUGCCGAUUCGAUCACGUAAACCCGAACAAUUCAAACCAAUCUUCAAACCGCUUCGGAGCUCUAGGAGGCAAUAACCAAAACCCAGCUGAGAAAUAUAGUAUCAACGCCGAUACAAUCGAAAAGGAUUUGACGAGCGAGGUACCGCAAUGGAUUCUCUCAGCCUAUGCGCCAGGGCGAGAUGCUCCUGGACAGCUCUUUGGAGGAUUUCCCCGUGAGCAAAGUUUUGAAGAGCUGCGACUACACUUUAUGAUGGGCAAGGCUUCAGGAAACGAACAACAAUCUCUGAAUGAAGCACAAGAACUAUACGCGAACGCGCAGCAGCAAAUGCAAACCGCCCUCCGCGAUGUUAAGGGAGCUGUGGAAUUCAUAGUCAGCGCCGAAAAUAAUCAUCCCAACCGCCACGAUAUCUGCAGAGAAGGAACACAAGGAGCUCCCUUCGGAGAAUUUCUUGUUGGAAAGCGACCCAAAUCGACAAUUGCCGAGACUCCAGCUCAAUCAAACCCCUUCGGAUCGAACAACAACAAUACCGCAUCUCCCUUUGGUGGUGGCGCAUCAACAGGUGCAAGUGCUUUUGGUCAGCCCUCAGCUCUCGGCGCGAAACCGAGCGCGUUUGGAGCUCCUGCGUUUGGGCAACCGUCACAGCCAGCGCAGGGAGGCUCAGCUUUUGGCCAGCCCUCACAACCAUCGGCGUUUGGUCAACCUUCACAACUAGGACAAACUGGAUCUGCGUUCGGACAGCCUAGUCAACCCUCGGCUUUUGGUCAACCUUCUCAACCGGCCUCUGCCUUUGGACAGCCUUCAGCAUUGGGUUCGCAGCCCAGCGCGUUCGGGACACCAGCUUUCGGACAGCCCUCCCAGCCUAACGCUGGAGGUAGUGUUUUCGGCCAACCUUCACAACCGAAUUCUGGGGGUAGCGCUUUUGGGCAACCCUCGCAACCUAACUCACAGGGCAGUGCGUUCGGGCAGCCCUCACAACUUGGGGCAGGAGGCAGUGCUUUUGGACAGGCAAGCCAACUUGGUGCAAAGCCAAGUCCUUUUGGAGCUCCCAGUACAACAAACAACACCGCCAGUCCCUUCGGAGCUGCAGCGAAUAAUAACAAUGCUUCAGCGAGCCCCUUCGGUGCUCCCAGUACCGCUGCAAACCAAAGCGCUAACCCAUUCGGCUCAAACAACAAUAAUCAAAACAAUGCAGCAGCCAACCCGUUCGGAAAGCCGUCUCAGCCUGCGCAAGGAGCUUCACCUUUUGGACAGCCAUCGAGUGCCCCGUCGCCAGCGGCGUCUAACCCGUUCGCUUCCACAAACACCACUAACCAAGCAGCGAACAAUCCUUUUGGCCAACCCUCACAACCUCAGGCCAAUGGGUUUGCAUCACAAAACAACCAGUCGCAAGCCAGCAACCCAUUCGGUCAACCUUCUCAACCAGCAGCAAGCCCCUUUGGUCAACCUACGAACACCGCGACCGCCAAUUCAGCUUCUUCAAACCCAUUUGCGUCGCAGCAAACGUCGGUAGCAACCGCAGCAACCGCUACAGCGGGGAGCCCAUACCCACCUGGAAGCAGCAAACAGCACCCGCCAGUCGAAAGUUACAGCUCCAAGGGAAUGGACGGACAGCUCUCUAUGUUUAAAGGCAAACCCGUUACUUACAAGGAAGGCUUGCCUGGUAUUAAAGAUUUUGAUGGAACCUGGCGGCGAAUCUGGUUUCCCAACGGACCUCCAGGAUACUCAGCGGACACCGAGUUACCUCCUGAGAAGUACGACGACAAAUCCAAGGCCCAGUGGAUGGCGUUCGCACAAACAGGUACCUUUGCGGAUGGGCUCAUGCCCGAGUUACCCCCACCAAGGGAAUGUACCUUGUGGGAUUUUUAA